CUGGCAAGGCUUUUGCUUAUUUUUGACACUUGUCAAUCGAAUGUCUACACAAUUAAUAAAAAAUCUGGAACAAUCAAAAGUAAACGUAAAUGGAGAGUGCAAAAAAGAAAAAAACUAAUUGGUCGCCGUUUGCGGAGGAGAUGCUGCUGGAAUUAUGGGAAGCAAAUAUAGUGGACCUGCGUGGGGCCAGGAAGAACGGCCACAUCUUUAAACAGAUGGCAGAAUCCCUUAAAAACGCUGGAGUGUGUGUCAGCAGUGAGGAAGUGCGGUCAAAAAUAAAUAACCUCACUGGGAAAUAUAGGAAAGAAAAGGGGAAUAUUGGUGUGUCAGGUGGAUCACCAUCAGACUGGCCACACUAUCAGCGAGUACAUGCCAUUAUAGGUGGUUUUAAAUGCAAUAACAUAGAAGAACUUGUUGAAGAAAGUGUAUCCAUAGAGUAUUUAUUUAACACUCCAUCGUCGGAAGUACUGGACAUUUCUGGGGCUUCCUGCUCUGACUCCCUCGCUCCGGUAGAGGUCGAGUGUGCUGGAUGCUCCAAAUCGAAAAAGCAGAAGUUAAACGCAAGUCUCAUAACGGAAAUUCAAGAGACGAAAGAGCUAAUAAAAACAAUGCAUCAGGAAGAGAACGUUAUCGAUUCAAAAUUAGUUAAUAUAGAGGAGCGACGGAAUGUUUUGUUAGAAGAAUUUAGCAAUAAUAGUAAUUGUUAA